ACGCUUCUUGUUUGUAAGCCCCGCCCCGUGUCGUCACCAGUGUGAGAGAAAAGCCCGUUUGGUCUGGUCACACUGCUCUCUCAAUUCCACCACCACUACAUCACGCUCAGAAACUUCCGUUGGAAAUUUUCCUAUUUUAUCGAAAAAAUUUAGAUUUCUGAGUGUCGUCGAUCAAUUUGACUUGAAAAAUGGCUCGUACCAAGCAGACUGCGCGUAAAUCUACUGGAGGAAAGGCUCCUCGUAAGCAACUUGCGACCAAGGCUGCAAGGAAGAGCGCACCAUCAACUGGUGGAGUUAAGAAGCCUCAUCGUUACAGGCCCGGUACUGUGGCUCUCCGAGAAAUUCGUCGUUAUCAAAAGUCGACCGAGUUGCUUAUUCGAAAACUGCCAUUUCAGCGUCUCGUGAGAGAAAUCGCUCAGGAUUUCAAAACUGAUCUCAGAUUUCAGUCGGCCGCCAUUGGAGCCCUUCAGGAAGCCAGUGAGGCUUACUUGGUUGGAUUGUUUGAGGACACCAACUUGUGCGCCAUCCACGCCAAGCGGGUCACCAUCAUGCCCAAAGACAUCCAGUUAGCCCGUCGUAUUCGUGGAGAACGUGCUUAAAAAUCUCACCAAAACAAACAACUAACUAACGUCUACUUUUAUCAUUCUUACGUUUAGUGUAGCUCCCAACGUUCUUCUUUUUUAUAAUUUACAACAAAGCAGACAACAAACAAAGUACAGUGGUUCAUUUUUGUCGUAGGUCAAUAAGUAAGUAUAUAAUAAUAAGCAAGUAAGUCUAUAGUUCUUGCGUGUGUAAAAGUUUACUACAUUUCAUUAAAGCUCGAACAAAUUCAGAGCAUAGAAACUGAUUUUAGCUAAAUAAUAAGAAAUAACAACUCAUGCAUCACUCACUACCAUCACAGCUUUAGACUACUUUUACCAUGCAUUUGGCUGACAGCGUAUAUAAAAUACAAAUACAGAGAGCAAAAGUUGUUAACUAAUGAAUAAAUUUGGUGGAUGGAACAAAAUUCAAAAAAUAUUUAAUAUUCAGUACGGUUAAUUGAUGGAAUUUGUAACUUACGUUCAAAAACUAAAUAGGCGAUUGAAUUUCGAUUGGAUGUAUUUUAUGAGUGCAUUUAUUGAGAUUUAUGAUUGACGAAAACUUGGCAUUUUUGUAAAUAUUAAAUGGCAUAUAAAGCAGCAGUAGUAGUAUUAUUAAAUAUGUCAUAUGGACAGAUAAUGACUCACAGUGUGUAGGCUCCAAAAAUAAUAAUAUUUCAAGUGUAUUAAUGUCAAGUAAUUUUAUCGUAUUUUUUUCAUUUUGAAUUUUCUUGUUCUAUUUGAAUGUUCUUUAAAGGAGCAUUGAAGUAUAGCAUUUUGAUGUUGCGUUUCUCAUUCAUAGAUAAAUGUUUCUAUAUCCAAUCCAAAAAAAAGUUGUAUGACAUUAAAUAAUACCUCCGACUUUUCGGUUGUGUUGCGUUAUGUUGUAUUAAUUAAUUAUGUCAAUGAACAAUGGUCGAUGUGUAUUUAUAUACCUUAUCUAAAUAAAAUAGAUAUUGUCUACUCGUA